AUGAUACAUAAGCUAUAUCUCACACAUUACAAAGAAAAAAGAGGCCGUCCUACCGCGACGUCCUCCGCCCCCGCAGGUGGGUCCCCCCAAACCGCGGAGCUGCCGGCGUGGUCGCAGGCUGGAGGCGGGCCCGGGGCAGCGCCGCCGCCGGCCGCCCCUCGCUCCGGGCCCCGCCGCCCGCGGACGCUGAUCCCCCUGCUGGAGUCUACCGGGGCCCUCAGCGAGUCCCUCGGGUUACCCUUCGGCCCACGUGGGUCUGGGCCACUCCACACCAGAACCUGGGCGGGACCGCGCAGGGGGUCCCAGCGCCGGUGUCUGCCCAGACCUCGCACUACGGCCUCCUCGGAGAGCCUCUGCCGCCCUAAAAGUGCCAACGGUGGUGUGUGCGCAGGACGCAGACUGGGGCUCCGUUUGGCUGCCUGUUUAUGAAACAUUUCAGAAGCCAGAAGAAAAUACAUUGGUGAGAACGCAGCGAAAGCAGCUUUUCUUGAAAAAAAAAAUGGACAGAAACAUCCAGAGGUCUCAGUGCUCAAUAUAUUUUCUGAUCAAGAGUGCAACAGAUCAGUCACUACAAUAGCAGCUUCUCUUGCUGAGUUAGGCGAUUCCCUUCUGGCUGCCUGCCUGGAGGCCUUCCAGUCAAUUGAUAUGGAGGUUCAAGAGGGGAUCCAUCCUUGCCUGGGAGCAGUGAACCUGAUUCCCAUUUACCCUCUCUCUGGUGUUGGAGUGGAAGAGUGUGGAGCUGUGGCCAGAAGCCUUGCUGAGAGUCUGGUCCAGCGUGUUCCUGGCUGUAGUGUGUUUCUCUUUGGUGAGGCUGACCUGCCUGAGAAGCGCACUCUUGUCCAGAGAAGGAAGCAACUGGGCUGGUUCACAAGGAGGGAUUUCAGUGCUCUUAAACCUCACCUGGGAGCUGCAUCUGCCCGAAGAUGUGGUUUAACAGCUUGCUUCAGGGCGUUGUGA